CUUCCGAAGUGUUUUGAGGUUGUAAUGCACCGUCAUUCUAACCCAUAUCCUUCCAGUGUAUUUUUCAAGUAUAGUUUAGUCGAAAAAUUUUGUUUAUUUCAUUAACUUCACGAGACCAAAGCGUGUUUGCUAGUUCAUUUCAAUGGAUUUAAAUACAUUUUAGUAAACCGGAGUACUGGAGUCAGAAAGUCUUUAAUACAUUUUGUACUGCAUGCUUUUAACACCUUCUACGGUUCUGUCGUAGUGAGUAUAGAUAGUACGUGCUGUAAAGUCUCUUAUAUAGGAUCUCUAGUAGUCUACUGUAUGGCAUAGCUGUAUUUUAUAAUAUUAUUGUGUUCUUGUCGCGGCUGAAGACUACUAUUAUUAAAUAUUUGAAAAUCGGAAUAAAUAUAUUUCGAAGAUGUUUUGUCCAGAUCAUGUAAAAUGCGAAUCACCAAUAUCUGUUAUUACAAAUAUUUUGUCAGAAAGUAACCCUAAAAAAUUUGAGGACAUCUCCAAAAAAUUUAAAUUAUUAGGAAUAACAAAAGUUAAAGAUUUGGCACGAGCAACCUUUGGAAUGGCAUAUUCAAUAAACUUAGGCGAUGAGACCAUUAAGACUCUUUAUAAAGCCUUAGAGGUACAUUACAAUUACCUUGCUGAUCUUCAAAUAUCUGCGAAAUUAGAACUUCAAAAUGGAAAUUUCAUCAAAACUCGGCAAAUAUGUGAAGAACUACUUCGGCAUUUACCUAAUGAUUUAAAUAUUAUAACUCUUAUGGCUGAAUCAUUUUUCAAAUGCGGAAACUAUGAAAAAUCUUUUAGUUUCCUGAGAUUGGCUAUAAAUAUAAAUCCAAAUUCUUUUGAAGUGUUGAAUAACAUUGCAUCUAAUUAUUGGAAACAAUCCCAAUAUGAUUUAGCAAAAAAUUACUUAUCUGAAGCUAUUUUUAAGAAACCUUCUUAUAUCAAUGGUUGGAUUAAUUAUGCUGAAGCAUUAUUUAAAACAAAUGAUGCAAAAUCUGCUGAAUAUAUUUAUAUCCCGAUUUUAAAUUUAAAACCGGAUUUAUAUACUGUACGAAACAAGUAUGGAAAAUUCCUUCUUUCUUUAAAUAGAUUAAAAAAUGCUAAACAGCAAUUUAAGAUUGCCCUGAAAAGUGCCCCAGAAUUUCAAGAAACUUUAUGCAAUUUAGGAGACGUAUAUUUCAAGACUGAUAAAUUUGACAAAGCUAUUUUAAAUUAUCAUAAAGCUUUAGAAGUAAAUUCUAAUUUAAAAAAUACUUUAGUUAAUUUAGGAUUAGCAUAUCUCAAAGUAACAGAGUAUUCUAAAGCAGUUAAUUCAUUUGAAAAAGCUAUUGAAUUAGAUCCGGAUAAUAUCUCUGCUUUAAGAUAUUUAGCAGUUACAUAUUGUUAUCAAGAUAACAUGUUAUUGUCUGUUGAAACCUAUAAAAAAUGUUUAAAACUUCAACCUGAUAAUCUAGAUAUUACUUUAGAAUUGGCUUUGGUUUACUUUCACAAUCUUGAAAAUUUUGAAGAAGCUGAAAAUUAUUUUGAAAAAUGUAUUGAAUUGAAUUCACAAAGAGAAGAUUUAUAUAAAUAUCUUUUUGCAGUAUACCAAAAGUUAAAUAAAUAUAAAAAUGCAUCAGACAUUAGCAUUUCAUUAGGCGAUUUGUAUUUAGAUAGAUCUGAUCUAGAAAAUGCAAGAAAUGCAUUUAUUACUGCUGCGUAUUUUAAUCCUGAGAAUGUAUAUGGUCAUUGGAAAGUUGGACUUAUUAUGCAUCUACUGGGUCAUUUUAACUUGGCUUUAAUCAGGUAUAGAAAAGCUAUUGAAUUGAAUCCAAAUUUUGCCCAUGUUUACUGUGAUAGUGCAAUAAUUUAUGAAAAAUUUGAUAAAAACGAAAUGGCUCUAGAUUAUUAUAAAAUGACUCUUUUACUUCAACCAGGUCAUUUAAAUGCUUUACUGAAUAUGUUAUUUCUAAAACAAAAAUUGGGCCAAUAUGAUGAUAUUGAAGUCUUUAAUACAGUUCUUCGAAUUGAUGAACCAGAUGCUUUUCAAAUACAUUUAGAUUUUGCAAAUUUUUUGUACAAGGAAUUUAGAAAUCUUGAUGUUGCUAUUCUUCAUUAUGAAAAAGCUUUGACAUAUGACAAUACAUCAGUUGAAAUAUAUUUAUGUUUGGGAAACAUAUGUAUCAAGUUAAACAAUAGUAAAGAUGCAUUACGUCAUUUUUAUAUGGCAAUUCAGCUUGAUUCACUAUGUUUAGAAGCUUAUAUUAACAUUGGUUCUAUACAAAAAGACAAUAAUAAUUUUGUUGAUGCAAUUCAUGCAUAUGAAACUAUACUAAAACUAAAACCAGAUUUUCCAGAAGUAUUUUGUAAUUUAGUACUAUGUUUACAAAAAGUUUGUGACUGGUCAAAUUAUGAUUCUCACAUGGUCAAAUUAAAAGAAAUAGUUAAUAGACAACUUGAUGAUGAUAAAGUUUUGACCUUAUUGCCUCAUGAUUCAUUGUUGUUUCCAUUAUCGUUUGAAGUACAAAAAAAAAUUGGUAUCAAGUAUGUACAACAAUGUGUUGAGGAAUUAGAAAAAUCAAUUGAAGGACCACAACAGUUUUUUUAUCCAACAUCUUUAAACAAAAAAUUAAGGUUUGGUUUUAUAUUAACCAACUUUUAUAAACAUCCAAUUUCAACGAUCCUGGAAUACUUAAUCCAAAAGUACUCGUCCAAAGUACAAUUAUUUUUUUAUUCCGUAUCUUCAAAUGAUAAUAACCAAUCCUGGAUGAAGAAUGACAUAAGCUUUAAAAAAUUAUCACAUCUUAAUGUAAUUGAUGCUGCUAAAGUUAUAAAUAGUGAUGAAAUCCAUGUAUUAGUUGACAUGGGUGGUUAUACUAAGAAUUCCAUAAUUAAAAUAUUUGCUUUAAGACCGGCUAAAGUUCAAGUUUCAUGGUAUGGUUAUCCCUGUAUUAGUAGUAAUGUGGCGUUUAUAGAUUACUUUUUUGCACAUUAUUCAUUACUUUAUGAUAAAAAAUUGGCAAAUGAAAUAAAGGAAUUCAAUGAUAAAAUUAUAUUCUUAAAUUCAACUAUUUUUAUUGGCGAUCAUAAGGAGAAGUUUCCAAAUUUACUACAACGCAAUGUCAUGGAAAAUACAAAUAAUAUAUUGGAUCAAAAUAGUUUACAUCUUGAUGGAAACCAGAUGGAAACCAGUGAAAUUCCAGAUUUUAUAUCAUUUAAUAAAGCAUAUAUUGAAGAACAACCUUCAAAAGAAUAUGUGAGAGUUUUUUACAACUUACCGGAUAAUGUUGUUGUUUUUUGUAAUUUCAAUAAACUCUAUAAAAUAGACCCACUUAGUUUCCGUACAUGGCUAACUAUUUUAAAUAAUGUUCCUCACUCUGUACUAUGGCUUUUAAGUUUGAAUGAUGCUGCUGAAAACAAUUUAAGAAAAUUUGCUUCUGAUUUAAACUUUGAUUCAUCACGUAUCAUUUUUGCUGACUUAAUUCCUAAAUAUCAACAUUUGAAUCGAAUCCAGUUGGCUGAUAUUUAUUUGGAUUCAUUUUUAUACAAUGGACACAUGGCUUGCUUGGAUGCAUUAUGGGCCGGCAUUCCAGUGAUAACAUUUCCGGGAAAAAAACUUGUAACUCUUGUAACAAAUUCACAAUUGUUUUCAUUAGGGAUGAAAAAUUUGUUUGCUCAUAAUGAAAAACAAUAUAUUGAAAUCGCAAUACAAUUGGCAAUGAACAAACAAUUAUUGGAAAACGCUAAAAAAGGAAUUUGGAAUUUAAAAACCAAUAGUAAAUUGUUUAAAAUAGAUGGGUUUGUAAAUCAAGUUAUGGCAUUCUUAAUAAAGACGCAGACAUCUAAAAUUAUAAGAAUGUAG